AUGGCAGAACCUGCACCUAAGCGGGGCCCUGGUCAGGCGGAGGCAGAGCGCACGACGAAAAGGCCCAAGGUUGACGAGAGCCCAGCGGCGCCGACCAGCACGACGGCUGCGCUCGCGUCGCCGCUGCCUGACUCGUCGCGAACAUCAGCGCACGAAAACGGGGCAGCAGCACCCCCCGCGCCUGGGGCGGGUGCCCUGCCGCAGUCGCCGCAGCUUCCGUCGCCGUUGCAGUCACCCCCACAAGAACGUAUAUCCAUGGAGGAGGACUUCCAGGGCGAGGAGGCCCUUGGGGUGGCGCGGCCAGACGCACUCGGGACAGUAGGCGCGGCGGCCGCGGAUGACACGGCAGGCGCGCCCGCCGCCGCGCCGCCGUCCGCGAUCGCCGCCGCAGCCGCCGAGGACACACAUCAGGGCGGCGCUGCAGCGGUAGGCGAGGGCCCUUCGCUUGGGGCCGAGGCGGCCGCGGGUGGCGCCUCGGGCGACGCUUCAGGAGUUGCCUUGGAUGGGUCAGAGGGCGGCGGCAGCGACGAGGGCUCGCCGCCGCAGGGGUUCAAAGAGGAGUUUGAAGCAUCGGAGGAUGAAAAGGGGGAGCAGGAAGCAGCGGCACGGGCGCUGGCAACUGGAGGCGAGUCAGCCGCGGCCGAGGGGGACGCGCCCGCGGUCGAGGACCAGCCGCCCGCGGCGGCCCCGCUCGGCCCACACGACUGGCUGCCGCCGCCGCCCAAUGUCCCGCUGUCGCCGGCGCUCAUGCAGUCCACGGCCACGACAGCCCUGCAGCGCCUGCUGGGGGCCUCUGCAGCGGUGCGGUCGGCCCCGCCGAGCACGGUCACCGCGGGGCUCCCGCCGGCGCACCCGGGCGCGCGCGCGCUGGUGCUGCCGCCGGGCCUGAAGCAGCAGCUCACCGCCGUUGCCGCUAGCCCGACCGCGCCGCCCGCCCCCGCCGCGGCGGCCGGCGCAGUCGCCGCGAUAACCGCGGCCGCGGCCGCCGCGCCGCCGGGCGCGGACCCGUCUGCGCCGCCGGGGCGCGUGGCAGCGCGGCAGUUGCGGGGCAGCAAGGCGGGGGCGCCGAGCGCAGUGCAGCGCAUUCAGCGGCGGAAGAACGCCAGCCCUUCCACAAGCAGCUACAAGGGCGUCACGCGCCACAGGCGCACCGGGCGAUGGGAGGCGCACAUCUGGGACGGCGCGUCGCCGGCCGCGGGCAGCGACGGGGUGGCGGCCAAGCCUGGCGGCCGCGGCAAGCAGCUGUACCUCGGGAGCUAUGACACCGAGCUCGAUGCUGCCAGGUGCGCCUGGGGGUCCGCGCCGCCCGGGGUUGAUGCUGUGUAG